AUGGCAACUGCCCGCGCCAAGACGGAGCGACCUCGAGCGGGCCCACUCGGUGCGACCGACCCAUCUCGAUGGCGCUUGGACAGCUCCCAAGACCGCCACGUAUGGCAUUACGAUCGACCUCAAGACGCGGGUAGUAGUGCUGUCUACGAGGCCGUGUGGGGUCCACGAUCGACCGACCAACUCGCGGCCGAGCAGAACGACGAGACAAAGUACUGGCUCGGGUUGGACGUGCCUGCACCUCAGCCACCACUCGAGCAGCCCAGGGGCAACCCUUACAAGGCCGCACAGAAUGGCUUCGAGUUUUACAAGCGCAUUCAGGCUAGCGAUGGCCAUUGGAGUGGAGAGGUACGUGUCGUUCCUUCGUUGGCGGUCCCUCCGUUGGGCUGACCUUCGGAUCGAUUUCACGUGUCCGGGUGGGGUGGGGCGCUUGCAGUACGGCGGUCAGUUGGUCGCACGUAUCGGCUCGCUAGGCUUUCCGCUCUGGCACUCACUUCUCGCUAUUGCCCAAAUAGGUCCCCUGUUCCUCCUACCCGGUAUUGUCAUCGCCAUGUAUGUCACCAAGACGCCUAUACCUGAGGAAUGGAAGAUCGAGAUCGCGAGGUGAGCAAAGUUGGCUCCGUCAUCGUACUCUUCGGUUCACACAGGGCUCAUCCUGCGCUGUGCUUUACUCCCAGAUAUCUUUCCAACAUUCAACGAACGAAUGCACCGGGGGACGAGGGCUGGGGGAUGUAAGCUCAUAAAGACAGAUCCAAAUCGCCGAGCUAGCGGCAGAUUUUGACCCCGCCUCCUUCCCCACACCGCAGACACAUCGAAGCGCAGUCAAGCGUCUUCGGAACAGGUCUCAACUAUGUCACUCUGCGUUUGCUCGGUGUCGAUGCCGAAGAGCCUAUGAUGAUCAGGGCAAGAGCGACAUUGCAUCAUCUAGGUCCGUUGUUUGCAGCUCGCCGUUCUCGCCGCGUCAAUCAGGUCGCUGAUCAAACCUUGCGGUCACAGGUGGCUGCACUGGGAUCCCAUCGUGGGUCUCAAUUGUGAUUAAUCCCCGUUCUCGUACAUCUCUGCUGACUCGACGCAUUUCACAGAUGGGGCAAAUUCUGGCUGGCGAUCCUCAACGUUCACUCGUGGUCCGGCCUGAACCCUACCCCCACCGAGCUAUGGCUGCUGCCCGAAUUCCUACCCAUCCACCCUCAUCGCUGGUGGAUCCACACCCGCAACGUCUACAUCCCCAUGGGCUACCUCAACGGUCGAUACUUCCAAGCCGAUCUCGACCCUCUUAUCCUCUCCCUGCGACAAGAGAUUUACGUCGAGCCGUACGAGUCGAUCAAGUGGAGCUCAUGCCGCAACAACGUCUGCCCCGUCGACCUCUACGCUCCUCAUUCGGCCGUGGCAAACGGUCUCUUUGCCAUCCUCAACGUGUACGAUCGGUUCGCUCCUGCCUUCAUUCGCAGUCGAGGACUUGCACGUGCGUACGGGCUGGUCAAGAUGGAGGACGACAAUACGAGUUAUCAAUCCGUGGGGCCGGUAUCGAAGGCGAUGCACAUGAUUUGUCGAUGGCUCGAGGAGGGUCCGGACAGUGAUGCCUUCAAGGCCCAUCUGUCUUGCAUUCGUGACUUUAUGUGGGUUUCGAGUCAGGGCAUGAUGAUGACGGGUAAGUCUACCCACUUGAAUUAUGGUGUCCUCCCAGACCAGUUGACACUCGCCUUGUCCAUGGGUCGCUGCGGCAGGGACGAACGGCUCUCAACUGUGGGACACGUCCUUCAUCGGCCAAGCACUCGUCGAAAGUGAUCUCGCCCUCGAACCCUCGAACCAGAAGAGUCUCGAAAAAAUGCUCGACUGGCUUGACCAUUCCCAAAUCCGCGAGAACCCACCCCAUUUCGAAAAAGCGUAUCGACAUCGCACAAAGGGAGCCUGGCCUUUCUCUACCAAAGAACAAGGCUACACCGUAUCGGAUUGUACUGCCGAAGGGUUGAAGACCGUCAUAAUGCUGCAAGGUCUACCCGGGGUCAAGGAACGCGUUUCGAAAAGACGGUUGUGCGAUGCGAUCGAUACGAUUCUGACGAUGCAGAAUGCCGAUGGGGGUUUUGCGUCAUACGAAUUGAUCAGGGGUCCGCAUUGGCUUGAGUGGCUCAACCCUGCGGAGGUGUUUGGGAACAUUAUGACCGAGUACUCGUACCCCGAAUGCACCACGGCUUGUAAGCCCUUUUCUUAGGUGGUGCAGAUGAAGCAGUUGCUGACGAACGCUCGGCGAUGACUUAGGUGUGACGGCUCUCACAAUCUUCAAGCGAAAACACCCCGACUAUCGAGCAGAUGAUAUCGAACGCGUCUCGAAGCGAGCGAUCGAGUACAUCCACAAGAAGCAACGCCCCGACGGGAGUUGGUACGGUUCUUGGGCGAUCGUAAGCCGGUGCUACACCGAAUCGGGAGGUCAAACAGAGACUGAUGCGAUGGAGCUUGGCCUUACCAGUGCUUCACUUACGCCGGGAUGUUCGCCAUCGAGUCCCUCUCUUUGGCUGGGGAACAUUUUGAUAACUCGGAGAGCGUCAAGAGGGCGUGCGAGUUCUUGUUGUCGAAACAGAUGGAGGAUGGAGGGUGGGGCGAGAGCUACAAGGUAAGAUUGCACCCCUGCGGUCGCCAGAGCAGUUCAGUAUAACUCAACUUACAUUCUCUUUGCUCCUCUUAGUCCUGCGAAACGGAGCAAUACGUCCAUCAUGCGCAGUCGCAAGUGACGCAAACCGCUUGGGGUGAGUCGAACUCACGAGUCCCACGGGCGAUGACAGGAGCUGACCCCUGGAAGAUCGACUUCCUUCACAGCUGUGAUCGGCCUUAUUACAGCGCAAUACCCCGAUCCCGAACCCAUCCGUCGAGGAUGUCGUCUCAUCAUGUCGAGACAAUUGCCUUCGGGCGAAUGGCCUCAAGAGGCGAUCGAAGGAGGUGAGCCCAGGGAGAUGCUCCGAUCAGUAAUCGGUUUGUAUCCGCGCUCAUUGCGAGCUUCGCCACCACGCUCACAGUCUUCAAUAAGAACGCGGCGAUCAGUUAUCCAAACUACGUAUGUCAUCUCUCGUGUACUUAAUUGAUGCAGCGGCAUAGGGCUGACUUGGCGUCGUUCUUUGACGAGUAGAAAUUCGCUUGGACCAUCAACGCUCUUGGACAGGCUUGGAAGUACGUGGGGAAAGAGGGGUGGUGA